UGGAUUGAUAACGCUACAUUCGACAACCACCAUGAACUAUACGCUAAUUGCAGUCAUUUUGCUUGUGACAACGCAUCGUAGCCUUACGCAGAAAAAUCCACACUGGUGGAGUGAUCGUAACACCAUCGUACAUCUCUUCGAAUGGAAAUGGUCUGACAUCGCCGACGAAUGCGAACGGUUUUUGCAACACAAAGGGUAUGCCGGCGUACAGGUUUCGCCGCCUAACGAACACUUGGUGCUACCCGAACAUCCGUGGUGGGAUCGCUACCAGCCCAUCAGCUACGAGCUGACCUCGCGAUCAGGUAAUGAGUCCGAAUUCGCGAGCAUGGUUCGGCGAUGCAAUUCCGUCGGGGUCAGAAUUUACGUGGACGCCGUUAUUAAUCACAUGUCCGGUGGUACCCAACAGCAACAAGGUAGCGCGGGAAACACUGGCAAUCCUGCGAAUUUGGCUUAUCCCGCAGUUCCGUACAGUAGCUGGGACUUUCACGAACGUUGCUCAAUAGAAGGAGGCGACUAUCAGCACGACGCAGGCAGAGUUAGAAACUGCUACCUGGUGGGAUUAAGCGAUCUUAAUCAGGGUAAGGAUUACGUGAGGAAGAAGAUUUUGACAUUCCUCAAUCGCUUGGUCGACUUAGGGGUGGCAGGUUUUCGCGUAGACGCCGCUAAGCAUAUGUGGCCGGCCGACUUGCAAUACAUUUAUUCCAAUCUGAAAAACCUGAAUACCCAGUUUGGGUUUCGCAAGGAUAGCAAACCAUUUAUAUACCAGGAGGUUAUUGAUUCGGGCGGAGAAGCGGUCUCCAAGUACGAGUAUAACGGUCUUGGUGCCGUGACGGAAUUCAAGCAUAGCAAUGAAAUUAGCCGCGUGUUCAAAGGUAACGAUAAACUGACGUACUUGUCUGGCUGGGGUGAGCGUUGGGGUUUCCUGCCGAGUUCCGACGCCUUCAUUUUUGUUGAUAACCAUGAUAACCAGAGGACUUCGAAUAUUCUUACGUACAAAGAUCCGCAACGUUACAAAAUGGCGAUCGCCUUCAUGUUGGCCUACCCCUAUGGAGUUACCCGAGUGAUGUCCAGUUUCGCGUUUAAUCAUAACGACCAAGGUCCACCCCUCGACGGUUAUGGGAACAUUGUUUCACCGACGAUAAAUGCUGAUGACACUUGCGGAGGCGGAUGGGUUUGCGAACAUCGCUGGAGGCAAAUAUACAACAUGGUGGUGUUCAAGAAUGUAGUCCGCGAAACGGGUGUCAACAAUUGGUGGUCCAAUGGAGAUCAGCAAAUAGCAUUCUGUCGCGGAAACAAGGGAUUCAUCGCUUUUACUAAUUGGAACAGCUUAAACCAGCAACUGCAGACUUGUCUACCAGAGGGUGUAUACUGCGAUGUCAUCAGCGGUAACGUUGGUAGUAAUGGACGCUGUACUGGGAAAACCGUGCAUGUUAGAGUAGAUGGUACUGCGCUUGUUACAAUCGAUUUCAAUGGCGAAGAUAGAGUUUUAGCAAUUCAUGUAAAAAGUAGAGAGAUUUUGAGUUCUAAGUUGUAACAGCGUUGAAUAAUAACCAUUGUUUAAAAAUCUA